UUGGUAUCGGUAUGUCUGUUGAAUCUAUGAUGUCUUUGGUUGUGGGAGUAUGCUUGUAUAUAUGGUCUAUGGGUUUCUUUGAAGUGCUGAUACCGUUGUGGUCGUUGGGUUUAUUUGCUUAUCCGGAAAUAGCUCCGAUGCUGUCUUUGAUACGCAGUUUUUGUAUUAAAGGGGCAUUAACAAAAAUACUCAUUGGGCUAGGCUUGGUGGUGAUGAUAUGCAGGAGGGUUAUAAGAAUCCUGGAAUUGGCCACAGGAAUGUAUACAUCAUGUUUUGUGCUGUUUAUUAGAGGAGAGGCAGGCAAAGAGGAUUUCCUACCUCUAUUUCCCUUCCUCUCUUCUGAAUUAGUUACAUCUUUAGUAGAAAACAUUCAGAUCUCCCUGAAUAUCAAAGAGACCAUCUUUCUGGCAAUUAAUUUGGUGAGUUUUGGCUAUACUGUCUUCAGUUUAUACAGAAUAAAGGCUGAGAUUUCUAAAGGGGCUGAGAAGACUCCUGAUUUAGGAGUCAAGUUAAGCAGAAAGAACCCUGAAUGGAAUGGAAAGUGGGAAGAAAUGGGCCAGAUUUUAAAGGAACUUUCUGACCCCAUAAUCUGGGAAUUCCCACCUGAACAGAUUCAGGAUCCCAUUAAGGUGGCAAGGUAUUUAAAAAAGAAGUGUCAGGCUAGCCCUAAAGAGAGAAGGGUUAUUACAGUAAGCUGGGCCCUGGCACAUGCCUAUCGCACUUUGCUAGACAGUAUAGAGCGAGACACAGAGGAAAGGAACCAGGGAGAUAAAUUACCUACCAUCCCAGCCACUCAAGUUGCUACCACCCCCCUAGGACUAAAGCCAGCAGCUAAACUGGAUAAUAUGCCUCAACCAAUGGCUGUUGCUGCUAGCAAGAGGGGUGGGAAGUGCUCCAAGAAGACCGACCGGCCAGUAGUGGAUGAUGAUGAUGAUGAUGAUGCUGGAGAGGGACCCUCAACACCUCCUGAUAUAAAAUCAGGAGCCAAAACAACCAGUAUGAGAGCAGAGGCCAACAAUGAGUCCCUUUCCAUAAAGGAUCUUCGUGGGUUAAGAAAGGACUACACCCGGCGACCUGACAAAUCUAUAAUCAGCUGGCUAGUUCGCCUCUGGGAUGCGGCAGGAGAGGCUACAGUAUUGGAUGGCACCGAAGCGAGGCAUUUAGGGUCUCUGUCCCAUGACCCGGUCAUCGACCAAGGUGUGAUGAGGGAAGCUAACCCUCAGAGCCUCUGGGCCCAGGUCCUGGAUGGCAUGGCACAAAGAUAUCUGUGUGCUGAUGAUCUAUGUAUGCAGCAGACCCGAUGGAGAACCAUUGAGCAGGGGGUCCAACGUCUAAGAGAGAUGGCAGUAGCAGAAAUGAUUUUUUCGGACGACAUAACAACUAGAAACCCAGAUCUGGUACCAUGCACACCGGUCAUGUGGAGGAAACUUGUGCAGCUUGGGCCAUCUGAGUACGCUUCUACUCUAGCAAUAAUGAAACGGGAAGAAAUGUAUGAAACCGUGCUCGACAUGGCGAAGAAGCUCCGGGCAUAUGCUGACACGGUACAUGGCCCAACCCAUGCUAGAAUUGCAGCCGUGGAAACUCGGUUACAGAAUUUGGAAGAUAAGAUCGAGGAAAAUCAUAAGAAGCUCAGAGAAGAGAUUAAGGAGGACCUCCUCCAAAUCUCAGCUGUGCAAAUUAGGCGUCCCAGCACCCAACGCAGGCGUUUCUCGGAUGGUGAGAGGAGGUAUACUCCAUGUGCUGAAUUGUGGUUCUUCCUACGUGAUUGCGGAGAGAAUAUGAAGCGUUGGGACAGAAAACCUAAGAAUAUGAAGCGUUGGGACGGAAAACCUACGGCUGCUCUGGCACAACGGGUGCGGGAUUUGAAAGAAGACAAGACCCGAAGAGAAGGUUCAACCAGAAAGAGAGCAGCUCCAGUCGCUUGGAAUCACAACGCCAAGUAUGAGGAGGAUGAUGACAUGUCUGACACGCUGGAAGGAACUUCUAAGACCUAUGCCCCCGUAAAAAAGGAUAAACAGGCUUAG